AGUUGCUUAGUUAUUAAAUCCUGAUGCGGAAGUUUCUUUCAGUGUUUUCCCUCUAUAGUGUCUUCUUAAAACGAUUAUAACUUAUUAACUUAACGGAUUCAAUCGUUAUAUUGUUUUAAUCUUGUGACUAUCUCGCAGGUCAAUUUUAUUUAAUGUUUCUUUGACAUUAUAAAUUCUGAUCUAAAGCUGUGUUGUUUCUUAUAUUGUAUUACAAAUGGCACAAUUCAACUAUUUAAAUGAACUAAAUAGCUUGGCAACAAUAGAUGGACCUCUUACACGCGGUCCUCUUCAACGUUGGGUAAAAAAAAGUGGCGCCGAAAACAUGAAUCCGACUCUAAGCACCUCAAAAAAUAUAUCGAUUGCUAAUUUGAGUGGAAUCAAUCAAUCUAUGCACAAACUAUCUGUAUCAGCUAAUCAGAGCUGCAAUAACAGUGUUCUAUCUGCAAACAAAACUCCGACGCGGGCUGACAUAAGAAAGAAUAAAAAAACUCCAUCAAAGAAUAAAUCUCCAGGUCGUUCAACAACUCCAACACCAAACAAGGCUUCAAAGACUCCAAACAAGGCAGAUAGGUUUAUUCCAUCAAGAAGCAACACAAACUAUGAUCUCUGCCAUUACAUGUUAACCCGAGAAGAGGAAAAAACUGAUGAACCAUCCCUUGCUACUGAAGCUCUCAGCAAGGCAUUAGGAGAAGCGGACCAAGGCCGUCUUCUACAGUAUACUUGCAAGGCUCCUGCAGCUCCUGAAGGCUAUCAGAAUAGACUAAGAGUGGUUUACUCACAGGCUAAAGUUCCAUCAACUGUUAAAAAUACAUCUCGCUACAUACCACACAGUCCAGAUAGAAUCCUUGAUGCUCCUGAUAUUGUAGAUGACUUUUACCUAAACAUCCUUGACUGGAGUGCGUCAAACAUCUUAGCGGUUGCUCUGGGCAGUGCAGUAUAUUUGUGGAAUGCUGGAACUGGACAAAUUGAGGAACUAAUGUGCGUAGAAGGCAAUGACCCUGUUUGUUCAGUUCAAUGGGUUCAAGGCAGUGGCUCACACUUAGCCGUUGGGCUGUCUUCUGGUGUUGUAGAGUUAUGGGAUUGCGAGAAGAUUAAGAGGUUGAGGGCGAUGGAUGGCCACAGUGCUCGCGUAGGCUCUUUGGCCUGGAACCUCUAUGUGGUCUCGAGUGGGUCGAGAGACGGAAACAUCGUACACCACGAUGUGAGACAACGGGACCAUAACGUCGCUACUAUUAAUGCGCAUACGCAGGAGAUUUGUAACCUCAAGUGGUCUCCGGACGGAAAAUACUUGGCUUCGGGUGGAAAUGACAAUGAACUCAACAUUUGGCCACUCGCGCAGGGUCACCAUUACACGCAGUCACAGUAUUUGUAUUCAUUUCGAAGUCACCUGGCAGCAGUGAAGGGCCUGGCCUGGUGCCCUUGGAGCAACGGCAUCCUGGCUUCGGGCGGAGGAACAGCCGAUAGGACUAUUCGCAUAUGGAAUGUUAACACUGGGGCUAACAUAUCUACUGUUGACACUAAAUCACAGGUGUGCUCGAUCUUAUGGAGCAGCCACUACAAAGAGCUGAUCUCGGGGCACGGCUACGCCAACAACCAGCUGGUGAUCUGGAAGUACCCCAGUAUGGCCCGAGUGGCCGAUCUCACCGGACACGUCGCCCGAGUGCUGCAUCUCUGUCUCUCGCCAGACGGCACUUCUGUUCUCUCAGCGGGGGCUGAUGAGACCUUGCGCCUCUGGAAGGUGUUUAUGUUGGAUCCAGCCAAGAAGAAAGACCCAGUCGACACAAAGGCAGCUAAAUCCCUUCUUAACAUGAACUCGUUAAUGCGAUAACUUAGUUGUAUUUCACUUUAUGCUUAGGGUAAUUGUUUAGGACAGUUUAAGAAAAUUUUUAGUUAUUUCUACUUAAAAUAAUUGAAGAAAGUAAUUUUUUGCCUAUAAUGAAGAUACUUUAGUUUCUAAAAAAAUUAAAUUCGCAAUUUUUUUAGUGCCACAAAAAUUCCAAUAAAAAUAUUGUAUUUUCAUAGUAUUUACUUGUUAUUUGACUAACUUAUCAUGUUUUGACCGGAAAUCAGUUUAGAAUAGGUUCUAAAACCUAAUUAAAUAUUUGUUGACGUAUUCGUAUUGUAAUGAAGAGGUUAUACUUGACUCGAUCCCAGUUCGAUUUGAAUGCUCAAUUAUUUUUGUAUAAUGUAGGGUAUUUAUGUUAUUUGAGGGUAGUCGAGAAUUAAUCAAAUAUCGAUUAUACAAAUGAGACUGAUAACGCGUAGGAUAUACUUCGAUUCACUUUUAGAUGUAAUUUUUGUGCCAUCGAUUUCGUGAAUAUAUUUUCGAAUGUUUAUUUUAAAUCGCAAGAAGUUGAGGUCGUAAAAUGUAUCACGAUAUGUUGUUUCUCGCUUACUUUAGUCUUGUAAUUUUCACUUAACGUUUCAUUACCUCGGCUUCGUUGUAUUAAUUUGUAUGGAUUUAAGGAUUAUGUUAAGGUUUUUAAUUGUAAUUUUAAAAAUAAAGGUUUUUAACAUUA